AUGUCAACGACAACGACAACACAAACAUCAAAUAUAGAUUAUUAUAUGAUUGAAGAAAUUGAUAUACCUUUUGAAGAAGAGAUAUUGCGAAAUCCUUAUACGCUCAAGUCAUGGCUCAGAUAUAUUGAUCAUAAAUCUGAACAACCAUUACCACAACAAAUUUUUGUAUAUGAACGUGCUUUAAAAGAGUUACCAGGUUCAUAUAAAUUGUGGAAAAGAUAUUUAGAUCUUCGUAUAUCAAAUGUUAAAGAAUUGAAUUCUGUCAACUUUGAAAAAGAAUAUAUGAAAGUUAAUAAUUGUUUUGAAAGAGCAUUAAUGCCAAAGAUUUGGUUAGAUUAUUGUAAAUUUUUGAUGAGACAAUGUAGAAUUACAAAAACUCGUCGUACAUUUGAUCGUGCAUUAAAGGCAUUACCGAUCACUCAACAUCCUAGAAUUUGGGACUUAUAUUUGGAAUUUGCUAGAACAAUUAGUGGUGAGACUGCAAUUAGAUUAUAUAAAAGAUAUCUAAAGUUGGAACCUGAUCAUAUAGAAGAAUAUAUUGAAUUACUAUUAUCGCUCAAAAGGUAUGAUGAGGCAGCAAAACAAUUGGCAAUAAUAGUGAAUAAUGAUCGAUUUCAAUCAAUGCAUGGAAAAUCAAAUUAUCAAUUAUGGAUGGAACUUUGUGAUUUAGUGUGCGAUCAUCCGCAAGAGAUCAAAGGUUUGAAAGUAGAACCUAUUAUAAGGAGUGGGAUUCGUAGAUUCACUGAUCAAGUGGGAAAAUUGUGGAAUUCUUUAGCUAAUUAUUGGAUUUUAUUAGGUCACUUUGAAAAGGCACGAGAUGUUUUUGAAGAAGGUAUAAAGAAUGUGAUGACAGUAAGAGAUUUCACGCAGAUAUUUGAUACUUAUGCACAGUUUGAAGAGACAAUAAUGGAAACAAAAAUGCAAGAAGCAGCAACUCGCGCAGAAAAUAAUGAUGAUGAUCCUGAAGAAGAUUUAGAAUUGGAUCUUAGACUUUUGAGAUUUGAACAAUUGAUGGAUCGUAGACCAUUUUUGGUAAAUGAUGUACUUUUACGACAAAAUCCUAAUAAUGUUCAUGAAUGGGAAAAAAGGGUUUCAUUGUGGAAAGACAAUAAAGAACAGAUUGUUGAAACAUAUAACAAGGCAAUUUUAACAAUUAAUCCUAAAAAAGCCACAGGAAAAUUGCAUGAGUUGUGGGUUAACUUUGCUAAAUUUUAUGAAGAAAAUGGUGAUAUAGAAAGUGCUAGAAUAAUAUUUGAAAAAGGGACUCAUGUUGACUUUAAAAAUGUUAAUGAUUUAGCAACGUUAUGGUGUGAGUAUGCUGAAAUGGAAUUACGGAAUGAGAAUUAUGAUAAAGCAAUUGAGGUUAUGGGCCAUGCUACAAUUCCUCCUCGUAAUCCAAAUGUAGACUUUCGUGAUGAGAGUAUUGGUACGAUAGUAUCAACAAGAGCAGUAUAUGAUCGAAUGUUGGAAUUGAAGAUUGCGACACCACAAAUUGUAAUCAAUUAUGCAGCUUUUUUGGAAGAGAACAAUUAUUUUGAAGAAAGUUAUAAAAUAUAUGAACGUGGUAUUGAAUUAUUCAAUUAUCCGAUUGCAUUUGAGAUUUGGAAUUUAUAUUUGACCAAAUUUGUUGCCCGAUAUAAAGGUUCCAAAUUAGAGCGAGCAAGAGAUUUAUUUGAACAGGCUCUUGAGAAAUGUCCACCAAAACAUGCAAAAACAUUAUAUCUUAUGUAUGGUAAAUUAGAGGAGGACUAUGGAUUGGCAAGACAUGCAAUGCGAAUCUAUGAUCGAGCAACAAAUGCAGUUGCUGAUGAAGAUCCAAGUUCAAACUUUGGUAUUACUUAUACGCGAGAAUUGUAUGAACGUGCCAUUGAAGUAUUACCUGAUAGGGAAGCAAAAGAUAUGUGUUUGAAAUAUGCAGAGGUUGAAUGUAAAUUGGGAGAAAUUGAUAGAGCAAGAGCUAUAUAUGCUCAUGCAUCACAAUUUUGCGAUCCUAGAACAGUGCCAUCAUUUUGGCAACUUUGGCAUGAUUUUGAGGUUAAACAUGGAAAUGAAGAUACAUUCAAAGAAAUGUUGAGGAUUAAACGUAGUGUACAAGCUCAAUAUAAUACAGAAGUUAACUUUAUAUCGGCUCAAAUUCUUGCUACUCGUCAAGCUCAUCAAAACACAAAAGAUAAACCAUCCAACACAGAAGCAGAUGAUCAUUCUACUACUACACUUGACCCAAUGAAAUUAGCAGAAAAAGAAGCUCUUCUUGAAAGCAACUUUACAAGAGCCGUUGCUUUUGUUUCAUCUUCGACAACUUUAGAAGAUGAUGAAUCCAUUUCUAAACAACUUGCGAAUCCUGAUGAAAUUACUAUGGAUGAUGAUGAUGAUUUAUAA